AUGGUCACGAUCGGAGCUUCAGUGUCCUCCAGCGAGGCUGACCGUCUUGCAGCCAAACAGUUUUUCAAUUGUGUGGAGGAAGCGGUAUUUUGUGACGACCAAUUCUGUACUGAGGAAGACCGCAGAUUGUUCCCAAGCAAAGCCAAGAUUCAGUCUCUGCAGGCUGCCUAUAUCGUUAUGUUGUACCAGAAUUGGGAAGGCAGCACUUCCAGCAAGGGUCGCAUUCGACGGUUUCGUUACAGCACAGUCGUUGCCGUUGCACGAGACGUCGGGGUUGGACACGCAAGGCACGAGAUUUACUCUGCUGCGACUUUCGACUGGCAAGAUUUCAUAUUACGAGAAGAACUGAUCCGAGUCAUUCUGUGGAUUUUUCUACUCGACACAGCUUUCGUGAUCUUCAACAAUGUGCCGCCUCGGAUGGCCAUAAAAGAAAUGAAGAUGAGCUUUGCCCGCAACGAUGCAUGCUUCCAGGCCUCAAAUAGCGAGAUUUGUUUGCAACAGGUCAUGAUCGGCCACCAGGAGCCUCAUUUGCUCUCGUCAGCAUGUGAGAUGAUUUGCAACGGAACGAUCACGGACGGCGAGUUGGCCAGCUUCGGACAUCUUGGUUCCCUCAAUCUGUUCGUUGCUACCUCGGCAAUCCAUUCCAUGAUCUUCCAGGCCCAGCAAUCAUUCAGUCCCCAGUUGCAGCUCGGUCCGAUCUACAAUGCCCUGGCGAACUGGCAUCUUUUGUGGCAGAGGCAUAUCAAAGCCGACGCGGUCAUGAGAUCUCAUGAUGUCGCAUUGCUGACUCUGGACAUAACGAGACUUUGGCAGCGUGAGGGAUUCUCACGUUUUGCACCCGAGUACUGGAUGCUAGCAAGCAUGCUCGUCCAACGACUCGACCGGACGGAACAAGAUGUGAUCGACAAGUCCCGCGAAGAUCCUGAAGUCAAGAUCGAGCCCAAGGACGAGCUCCUCGAGAAUUAUGAUACUGAUAUGCGACAAGUCAACAGUCUCAUCGCAGAGUUCCAGAAGGUCAUGCUCUGA